UUUUGGCAAAUACAUAGUUGCUAGUUCAACCCGCCCAAUCUAAAACCCUAAACCCCCAAACACGGGCAAAAUCUCAGAGAAACCAGAACAUAACCCCCAGCUCGAACGCCGCUCAAUCAUGGCGGCCGGUAGCGAAGCUCUGAACUCCGUGAAAGCAACGGAGCCAACGCAGUGGCUGGCGCCUAGCCCCGACCUCUCUGAAAAGGCUCGAGCCGCAUUGAAGAACCUCUUCUCCUCCAUCAGGCCGUUCACGCCGAAAUCGCCUUUCGAUCAGCUCCUGGUGGACGGCUUCGACGCCGAGCAGAUAUGGCAGCAAAUCGAUAUCCAAUCCCAGCCGCUCAUCUCGAGCCUCCGCCGCGAAUUGAAGCGGUACGAGAAGAAUCCGGCGGAGAUCAAGAAGCUGAAGGUGGUUGUGGACGGAGAGGAGAAGGUUCUGGAAGCUGAGAAGGAGGAGGACGGCGAGGAAUUCGAUGAGGAUUUGGAGGAAUCUGAUGAUGAAGAAGAAGAUGAUGAUGACGACGUGGCGGAAUAUGAAGAAGAAGAAGAAGAAGAAGAAGAAGAAGCCGAAGAUGAGGAGAAGGAGGAGGAAGAAGAAAAGGUAGAAGCAGAAGAUGAAGAAGAAGGUGGAGGCAACAAUGAAAUUGAGGACGGUUUCUUUAAUAUAAAGGCUUUAGGGAAGUAUUUGAAGGCUACAGAAGCAGAGGAAUAUGAGAAUGACAAGGAGGAUGAAGAAGAAGAUGGUGAAGAUAAGGAGGGGGAAGAGGAUGAUGCUCGGGAGCUCAUGAAUCUAGGGGAAGCUGAGGACGACGGGGAUGGCAAGGAUGCAAGAUAUGAAGACUUCUUUGGGAAAAAGGAACUUUCUACCCAUGAAAAGCAGCAACUGAAACUUAAGUCCGAAAUAGAGCAGAGGGAAAAAGCAAAUAUGGACCCCAAAACUUGGACCAUGCGGGGAGAGGUAACUGCAACAAAAAGGCCACCGAACAGUGCGUUAGAAGUUGAUCUAGAUUUUGAACACAAUGUUAGACCUGCCCCUCCGAUCACAGAGGAGGUUACAGUAGCAGUUGAGGAUAUGAUCCGGAAAAGGAUUGAGCAGGAACUUUUUGAUGAUGUUCAAAGGGCUCCUGCUUUACCUACAAAAGCACCAAGAGAAAGAAAGGAGAUGGAUGAGAAUAAGAGCAAGAAAGGACUGGCUGAAGAUUAUGAGCAAGAGUAUCUUCAAAAGAUGAAUGCAGAUUCUGGCCCGUUGUCAUCCAAAGACAAGCAGAAGAAUGAGGCAGAAAUGCUCUUCAGGAAACUUUGCUUGAAGUUGGAUGCUCUUUCUCAUUUCCACUUCACUCCAAAACCGGUUAUUGAGGAUAUGUCUAUACAAGAUAAUGUUCCUGCUCUAGUUAUGGAAGAGAUUGCACCUGUGGCGGUCUCUGAUGCAGCAAUGCUAGCUCCUGAGGAAGUAUUUUCUGGCAAAGGUGAUAUUAAAGAAGAAGCAGAACUUACACAGGCGGAGAGAAAAAGGAGGAGAGCUAACAAGAAAAGGAAAUUUAAAGCUGUGACAGCAAAAAGGAUGGCAAAGAAGCCACGAGACAGCAACAAGGACAGCAUAGAAGCCAUAUGACAGCGAGGUGCAAUCAGAAAAUGAUGGCAGUUUUGCAAAGAUAAUUUGAUUUAAUCUCGGCCACAAUACAAUGACUGCAAGGAAGCGCUCUGAUGUUGGUUGGAAUGGGGUUUAUCUUGAAGAUCGCACUUGCUCAGUCCUUGCUCACCCUUCCGAGUCAAGGAAUAUGUUUAAUGAUUCAAGGAAAUUUUAGUUGACCCUAAUUUUUUUUUGAUUUAUUUUUACAUAAAUUUUUGGUAGAUAGUCUGUUGUCUUGAGGUCAUAUAAAUCAAAGAAGUGAGUUACUAUAAUCAAUGUUGUAUACUUUGCUUGUGAUGUGCCGAUCUGACUUUUGUAGUUUUGUUUACUGAAAUCAACGAUCAAAAUCGAUUGUUCCAA